AUGGACUCCUCCAAUGCAUUUUCUUUGUCUUCGCCCGGCUCGAUCUUCGUGGCGGCCCUGACCCUCGCUUUUUUGGCACAUAAGGCAUGGCCGCACCUGUCGCCGCAGAAGAAGACAUAUAAAUUCUCCGAUCCAUCGCAGCAAAAUUGCAAGGCUAGCUCUGGCUUGAGAGUGAUCAAGGAGCCCGAAGCUCCGGAAGGCUGGUGGUCCGGUCGCGACGCGUUUGAGCUGGAGCGGCGGGCGUUGUUUAGUAAAACCUGGCUUUAUAUCGCCCACAGCAGCCAGCUCACCAAGCCGGGCGCGUAUCAGUCAUUCGAUAUCGCGGGCUUCCCGGUUUUUCUGAUCUGUGGCAAGGACAAGAAGAUCCGCGCAUUCCACAACGUGUGUCGCCAUCGCGCGUAUACAAUCACCCGAAAAGAGACCGGAGCUUCGACUGUCCUCGGCUGCCGGUAUCACGGUUGGAGCUAUGACACAACCGGAAAACUGGUCAAGGCCCCUUCGUUCGAUGAUGUCCCCGGUUUCAACAAGUCGGAAAACAGUCUCUUUGAGAUCCAUACGCGGACCACGGAGCAAGGACACGUAUUUGUGAACCUGAAUGCAGGGGAGCCAGCCGCAUUUGUCAAUUCUACUCGGUCAGCUCUUGACUCGUUCUCUCUAAAGGCAGGACUGGGAUCGUCAGAAUGGGUCACUGGUCAGACACUAACUGCCAACUUCAACUGGAAACUCGGAAUGAAUGAUCGCCACUGCACAAAGCUAGUUGAAAAGCUAGAGCAGCGAGUUUCGAAGUCAGCCACGUCAUCAUUGGCGAGCAAGCUGGUCGCAAUCGCCAUGCAGACAAACAAACAAGCUGACUGCUCUUUGUUCCCGGGAACCUUCCUGUAUUCAUUCGAAAAUGCAGGCCUAUGGCUUACGGUCUCCUUCUUUCCCGCUUCCGAGAGAACGACCAACGUCCGAUACGAUUUGUUUGACUGUGCGCCCAAAGCGACCACCGACAAGAGUGCGCUGGCUCGAGCCGUUGAGAGACCAAUGCAAGAAUUGGUCAAGGACAUCGAGCUCGAGUUCCAAUCAGUUAGCGAAGAAUCUACCGGGGGCUCGACCAACAUUCAUCGAAUUCUGGACUGCCUUCAGGAACAUAGGAAACUGGAGAAGACUUGUGGUGGCCAGAUUUUGCCUGCGAUGCAUCAGCCCAGGGGCAGCUCUCUUUUCCAGCAGGCUGAGCAGCUUUGCAAGGAGCUGGAUUGUUCUGAGCCCAGAUCUGGCAAUAGAACUGGCGCGGUGUCGGGAGGAUUGGACUGGUAG